AUGAGUUGCGAGAAGUUUAAGAAAACAAUAGCCUCUAUCGAACUCAUAAAAUUCAUGUGCCAUGACCAUCUUCUCAUUAAUCUAAGAAAGCCUCUAACGAUAGUGACAGGAUGUAACGGAUCGGGAAAGAGUGCAAUAAUGGUUGCAAUUGGAUUGGUGCUUGGGCAGAGAGCAUACAAUCUGGAACGAGGAAGUUGUUUCAGAGAUAUGAUCAAGAGUGGGGAGUCCAAUGCUGUUGUAAGAGUUGUAUUGGAGAAUCAUAGGGGAUUCAAAAGGGAGUUCUUUGGAGGAACAAUCAUUAUUGAGAAGAGAAUUGGAUUGAAGUCGGCCACUAGCAGUAUCGUAAAUGGGGAAAGAAAAGUCUGGUCGACAAGAAAAGAGGAUCUGGAGCUAGUUCUGGAAUUUUUUUCGUUAAGAUUUGAGAAUCCUCUGAACUUCCUUUCACAAGAGCAAGCCAAGAAGUUCUUGAAUAUGACGAACGCAGAGACACUUUAUGAACUGUUUAUGGAAGGGACGGAGAUUGCCGAGAUAUGCAAGCUGAAUGAUGAGUCGAUGAGCAGUGUAGAUGCGAUGAGAAAAAGAAUAAACCUUGUUGAUGAGGAACUGAAAGGCAUCGACAAACAGAUAAAGGAUGAGGAAGGAAGGCUUGAGGGGAUCAAGAGUGUUAAAGCCAUGGAAAAAGCCAUUCUUGAAUUAGAGGAAGAAAUAUUGUGGGCAAAGGUAAAUGAAAGAAAGGCACAGAUGGAGAAGUGUUUUGAGAAGUUCCAAAGCAAACAAGAGGAGAUGGACAGAGAUAGUGAAAGAAUGGAAGAGCUUACUCGAGUUGUUAAGGAUGCCCAGGAGAAACUAGUCAGUAUUGAAAUCUCGGAAGGAGAAAAGAAAAAGAGCAAGGAUAAAAGAAGGGAAGAGAUUGAUGAGACGAUUGGUAAACUAAGAAUGAAGCACAGAGAAAUAGGAAAUGACUGCGAGGAAUUGAAAGAAGCAAGGGACUUUAAGAAGAGAAUUAUUUCUGAUUUUGAGAAACAAGACGGAACGGUGAAAAACUUACUUCCCCAACUUGAGGAAAAGCACAAGGAAGCGGCAUCUGAAAUUGAGUCUCAGAAUGGGAUACUGGAAAGUCUUGAGGAAAGAGCUAAGGAAUGCAGAGCGAAGGCGAGAGAGGAAGAGGAAAUGAUUUCCGAAAGGCAAGGCCGUAUUUUCCAUCUUAGGAGGCAGAUUGAAUUUUACUCCAAGAAUGAUAAGAAUAGUUUUUUUGGGCCCAACUUCCCUAAUGUUAUAGAUGAGAUCUCAAAAACCAGGUUCAAUGGAAAGAUUAUCGGUCCGAUUGGAUUUGAGGUAAAACUCAAGGAACAGAAGUGGAGUAAGGCUGUUAGCAUUGUACUAAAUAACUUCUUGUCAACCUUUAUUAUAAUGGAUAAAAGAGACAAAGACAUUUUGCUCCGAAUCUUUAGGAAGCAUAAAGUAGACUUUCCAAUUUCGACACUCUCAAGCAAGGAACCAAAUGUUAUAAAAUACCGGGCAAACGAGAAAUACAAGACAGUGCUUGAUAUCCUUGAGGUAAGAAGCCCGUUUGUGAUAAAUUAUCUGAUAAUAACAGCCUCUAUUGAGCAGACGAUUCUGGUUGAGGAUCGGAAGGAAGCUUAUGAAAUAAUAAGAUCAAGACCUGCAUCUGUAGAGUGUGCAUAUACAAAGAACGGAGACAAGAUUAGGCUAGUUGGGGGAAGUAUGUCUGAUUUUGUUACAAGGGGAGUAGACAGGUUUUAUUUUGAGAACACACGUGAAAAGCUUGAAAGGUGUAGGGCAGAGAUGAAGAACCUAGUGGAGGGGAGGAUUGAGAAAAGCUGGGGGAAGAAGCUGGAGGAGAUAAGCAAUGAGAUGGAGAAAGUCCGAGAGAAGAUAGAAGGUCUUCAAAGGACUUGCAAGACUCUGGAGAUUGAGAUGAACCAGGAAAAACAGAUAUAUAAUGCACAAAUGGAAGUUGUACAGAACGAUGACCUUUAUGAAGAAACGAAAAGCCUUGAGAAUCAAAUCUCAUUGUUAGAAAAGAAGCAAUAUGAAAUUAACAAGGAGAUUGAAAUUUUGGAAAAAGAGUACAAGGAGAUCAAAGAGCAUAAGGUGGAAAACACAGAAAAGCUAAGACAGGAGAUUUACAGGAAGAGCGCAGAAGUCUCAAGCAUUGAGAGAAAGAUGGGAGUGUCACGAGGGGAAGUUGUUAAGCUAAAAGAAGAACAUUUAAAGCAGGUGGAUCUUUACAAUGCAGAAAAAGGCAUACUCCUCAAGAGUGGAAAGAAGGAAAUAGAAUCAAGGACAGAAGACGAAGUCAGAAGAGAGAUAGUUUCGAUCCAAGCACAAAUCGACAUGUGCAAAGGAAUCGAUGAUGAAGAAAAGGCAUUAGCUACUGUGGCUCAUCUAAAGAAAGCCAAAAAGGGAAAAGAAGACCUUCUUUCUGAACAUAAUGGAAAAAUAGAAAAGACUCUUGAAAACAUCACAGCGAGAAUAGCCAAAAGAGAUUUUAUGCGGAAAGAGAUUGCCAAUAAUGCAGCCAAGGAGUUUUCUAGGGUAACGAAAGCUAGGGGAUAUGAAGGAGUUCUGGAAUUUAAUCACGAUAAGAAAAGACUGGAUGUAAAGAUGAAGGUUGAUGGAGAGACCUCGGUAGGAUCUAGAAGCAUGCUUUCAGGUGGAGAAAGAUCUUUCGCAUGUGUUUCGUUGCUUCUCUCCCUUUGGCCUUCACUUUCAUGUCCCAUUAAGAUCCUUGAUGAGUUCGAUGUGUUCAUGGAUGAUCUAAAUAGAAAACAAGCCAUAAGACUACUUCUGGAUUUUUUCCAAGAAAGUGGGUUCCAAGGUAUCCUGAUAACUCCUCUGGGGGUAGAGGACCUCUUUGAAGACUUUUGUGAUGUUAUCGUAUUGGACAAACCUGGUAAAGGUGAAUGGGUAGAGAGAUGA